AUGCCCCUCCCUGGCACUUCUGGCCCUAGCAAUUGGCUGGCAAAGUACGUUGCCAUGGCCAAGGCCGAGAGCGACAAGCUCGAGGCGGCCAAGAAGAAGGCACAGCACGUCUGCCGCCGACUUCGAGGUCGGUCGUCGAGAGCCGCAAGUACAACGACCAGGGGAUCAAAUCGGGACCAUGCGAUCUCGCUUCCGGCCCGGCGUUCCUUUCCGAAGCAAUUGGCGGUGUCUGGUUCGGACCGAGAGACCUUUGAAUCCCUCCUGCUUCUUCUCGGUGCUGUGUCUACGGUCAACAAUUUCGAGACACGACCCACCGGCAUCUCCCUGCCCCCGAGCCAGUCGGGUGGUCGUGCGCCCCAGAUGUCGCCCGCAGUUGAGAUCAAAAAGCUUGCGUCCUGCGUUCAUAUCUUUGGGUGUGCUUCGGGCCCAGAGGGGCCUCGUCUACACCCUCACAGCUCGCCUCUUGUUGUCGCCAAGCUCCCGAUGCAGUCGGGCGUCCUCGUCGGCCAACAGCCUUACCCCCUGGUGCAGGCAGCAACCUUCGGGGAGAAGGUUGACGCGAUUGUCGAAGCUCUAAGCUUCAACAAGCUGCUCUGCAAGAGCGUGAUGGAGUCUGUGGAGCUCCAGGCCCGCGUUGCCGCCAAUCCCGCUUCGGAGCUGGUAAAGAAGAACGGCAACAUGAGGACCAACAAGAGGAAGGGAGACCUCCUCAGCGAGGUGGCCCAGAAGAACGGCACCGCCACGAAGGCCACGACAAAGGGCAAGAGGGCUGCCGACCACGACAAGAACGACCAGGAGAAUCCUCUUGCCGUGGGCUUGACCUCCAGAAUGAACCGCGCUCAUUGCCCGCCAGCUUCACUCUCCACUUCACCGAAGAAGUCCGCUGUCGAGUUGACCGUUGUACCGGGCGUCGAAUCCACACAGGCGGCCUGCGCCCCAGCGCCAGAUUCAGCAGACUGGCUCUCGCCCCGGUCGGGACGGGAGGGACGAGAGCCCUGUUGGAUAGCAGAGCUUCUACGAUAA